GAGGCGGCAGUACAGCCCCUCGCCAUUCCCCGCCUCACUGUAGGAGGAGGAGCAGUACAUCCAGGCGUAGACACCGACCCACAGACAGGCACCGCCCCGGAGAGCAGAAAUCGGGCUGGCAAUAUUGAGGAAGACCGGGGAGCAGGAGCUGGGAGCCAGGCCGAAGGCUGCCCGACAGAGCCACAGGACACACCAGAAUUAUGUCGGCCUCACGGAAUCUACAGCAGUGGUGCUCCCGGCAGUGUGAGGGUUACCCUGGCAUUCUGAUCUAUGACCUCAGCUCAUCUUUUCGGGAUGGACUGGCCUUCUGCGCUCUCAUUCACCGCCAUCGGCCUGAUCUCAUAGACUUUGAUUCUCUUUCUAAAGAAAAUGUCUUCGAGAACAACCGCCUGGCUUUUGAAGUGGCUGAACGGGAACUGGGUAUUCCAGCUUUGCUUGAUCCAGAGGACAUGGUGUCCAUGAAAGUGCCUGAUCGACUGAGCAUCAUGACGUACUUAUCCCAGUAUUAUAACCACUUCCGGAAUUCUAGUCCAGUGGGAAAGCCUCAGCUGAAAGAAACCUCUGAGUCCCCCAGCAAAGAGCCCAGUGGAGGUUCCUUACCUCAGGGAAGCCCAAAUGCCCAGACCUCUUUGAUCCGUAGCUCAAUAAGCAGCACCUGUGCUCUGUGCCAGCAGCAUGUACACCUAGUGCAGAGAUACCUGGUAGAGGGGAAGCUUUAUCACCGCCAGUGCUUCAGAUGUAAAGAAUGCUCAAGUACCCUAGUUCCAGGAGCCUACCGCCCAGGCACUGAUGCCGGCACUCUGGUUUGCACUCACCACUGCCACCGGCCACCAACCAGCAGCCCUGAAUCUGAAGAAGAUGGCACUAAGCAAAAAGCAGUUCAGACCCCUCCCAAACCAUUUGUGCCAGAAAAACCUGCCUCCUCCAAUAAACCUCCAACAGAAUUGCAUCCUGAUCCCUUUCCUAACAUGCGACCAGUACCAGCUCCAAGAAGAACAAGUGAUGUGGCCCCUCAGCCUCUGCCACGCUCCCGUGCAGCAGCAGAAUCAAGCCCAGUGAGGCCUACAUCUCUAAUAAAUGGCGAACAACAGUCUCCCGCUCCACCAAUACCCAAACCAAGAAGCAGACAGAGAUCCUCAGAAAGGGAGGAUGAAGAAAAACAGAAAAAAAAUCCUCCUUGGCUCUCUCUGGUUCCUGCGACAGAGCCCAAAAGGAGAGCUGCUCCCCCACCUCCACCACUGGCUCAAAAGCCGGAGUUAGGAGAUGAGAAAUCUCAGAAGUCUUUAAAUGACACAGAAAAGCAAAGUCUCUCAUCAAAGCCAACAGCCUACAAUCCAUUUGAAGAUGAAGAAGAGGAAGCGGAAACAAGUUCUCUAAAACCAGGCCACCCAUGGUAUGGAAUUACACCAACCAGCAGCCCCAAGAGUCGCAAAAGGCUAGCACCUAAAGCUCCCAAUGCUUCACCUCUGGCUCAUCAUUCUAACCUAGUGUCAAGACUGUCUCACUCGGAGCCUCCCUCGGGCAGCCCUUCCCCAGCCCUAAGUACAGAGAGCCUUCCAACGGAUGCUUCCACAAAGGGCCAGGAUCCUGAGAGUGUUCCCAAAAGCUCAUCUGAACCAACUAUCCAUUCUCCAAACAAGCCAGAACCUUCAGAUAGAGAUACUACUACCUACCUCAGCACUGGUGUCCCCAGUACUUCUACCAACACCAGCCUUUCUUCCUCUAGCGAAUUAGCUAAUACUAAUGAAGCACAAGAAAGCCCAUCCCCAGAAAUGCCUCUUAGUCCAAGCCGACCUGCCCCUCAAGUACCUACCAUCUCCAUUCCUAGCACAGUGGCAUCAGACAGCACACCUCCAGAGAAAAAGCCUCUAGCAAAGCAAAUUUGCAAACAGAAUCCCUUUAAUAGGAAAUCCUCUCCUGCUACAUCUCCCAUCAACAAAAGGAACCAGAAAGGUCCAAAACCUUCCCGACCCCCUGCUCCAGGACAUGGGUUCCCCCUUAUAAAACGCAAGGUUCAGGCUGAUGACUACAUUCCGGAAGAUGAGAUUCAGAUGGAGAUGGAGACAAUUGAGCUGCGCCUGGAUGAGCUAGAAAGGCGUGGGGUGGAGCUGGAACACAGACUGCGCAAGUUGGAGAAUGAGUCAGAUGAAGAUAGUCUGCUGGUGGACUGGUUCAAGCUGAUCCAAGAAAAACACACCCUGGUGCGCCGGGAGUCAGAGCUUGUGUACACCACUAAACAACAGAGCCUGGAACAGCGUCAGGCUGAUGUGGAGUAUGAACUUCGCUGCUUACUGAAUAAGCCAGAAAAGGACUGGCUGGAAGAGGAUAAGGAACGGGAACAAGUGCUAAUGCAGGAGCUGGUCACACUAAUUGAGCAGAGAAAUGCUAUUGUCAAGUGCUUGGAUGAAGACAGACAGAGGGAAAAAGAAGAGGACAAGAUCAUUGAAGCUAUGAUACUGAAGAAAGAUUUUCAUACAGAUCCGCAAAAAAAAAAGAAAGGAAAAUUUAAACCUAUAAAAGUUCUUAAGCUUCUUUCUCCAAAGCAAGAGCCCAAAGUAAAAAGCCCUAAGGACAAAAACAAAGUGCAAUCGGAUGGGACCAAGAGGUAGACUGGACCACCAUAGGAUGAUGGGUUGGAUAAAUGGUAUCUGUGCACCAUUCUUUUUGCCUUCUGCAUUCACAGGCUGUGCACUCAUUCUGUUCCAAAGCUAGCAGGUUAGCAGAGGAGCUUGAAGUUGCCACAGUUCAUUUUGGAAAAGAACCUUUAGCUGGCAAACAAUGUGAGCAGUUUAAUGGCACUCAUGUACUACUGUCGCAGCGGUGAAUUGUAUUGAACUGAAGUUAGAGGCCAUCUCUGAUUCUGUCCUGCUGCGCCUUGUGCAAAACCCAUUUCUGGCCAAACAAAACACAGAAGCAAACUGUGCCAAUCAGCAUCUGAAAUAAUAAGUGAUGGCACUUAGUCAUGUAUCUGUAUGUAAUUUAUUGGCUUUUCCUACUGAGCAUCUUCAUUCUCAGCUACUCACAUCUGAUGCUUAAUAAUGCUGCUUGAAAUACCAUCUUUUUAUAUAUUUUAUACAUUUUACUUUUACUCUGAGUGAGUGCCUGCAUGAGAAAUGGUCUGGGGACCAUCAUUUAUAAUGAAAAAAUACAGCCUUAAGCCUUCACUGCAUUUGUUUUGAAGAGAGACACUUUGAAAGGUUUAAAGCAGAUUUCACCAAGGGUGACAGUUAUUGCAUUUUUUUCUGUUCACCUGUCUGGCCAUAUGUAUGUGAUAUUGGUGUCAGUAAUAGGGACAAGCCCAACAUGAUGCUGCCUGUCAGUAUCCUAUACGGCCAAAUGUCAGAUUGGGGCAAUAUAGAAAGUGAACAAGGCACUUCUGUAAAUUAUUACAAUUCAUGCAAAUAAGUAGAAGAAUCGAUUAUUUUAUUGUCUGAGUAAGAGAGUAAAUAUCCAAAGCAUUGUCUGCUCCGUCCCAUACUAACACUUCAUGUGGAUUAUAGCGUACUUCAUGCACUUACAAAAAGAGCUGCUAUUUACAUUCUAGUUACAAAUUGGAGCUGUGCAAAGCUGGCUAUCCCAGCAACCUGUUUUAUUUAUGCCUCUUUAUCCCACUAAUUCCCCAUAGCAUUAUCCAGUAGGCAAUGGACAGUGCAAUGAUUCAAAGUCCUUUACUUGGAAUAAGAUAACCCUGGGUGUUUCCCCAGCAUUGGUUAAAAAUCCAAGGGAAUCACCAAGCUGGCCCUCCCAUUUGUUGCUACAGUGGCUACACAGACAGUUGGUGGACUGACAGUGCUACUGGCAAUGCACCAGCAGGCAAAAUGGACACGAGCCUUAAAGAGAUUCUGACACCUCCAAUUAAACUUUUUAAAAAAUAUAUCAUAA